ACGCGAUUCGAACACGUAACCUCUCAGACCGGCCCAGAUCUCGAAGCACUAGGUCACGGCACCCUGAUAGAUCUCCAGUGUUUGCUCAAUCGGGCACGUGCAUGUGCUGGAGAGUCACAUUCAUGCGCGUGGAGGCGUCACACACCAUCCAAGAGCUCUUAGAGUCAAAGUCGAAGUAUCUUCCGGGAAUCCGCGGAUUAUAUCGAGACACAUUUAAGGUGGUUUCGAGAUGGAGGAAACCCCAGCCAAUGAGAAAUCUUGUCAGACGGAUGAGCUCACAGGUGAGGCCGCUGUGCCCGGGCCUGACCAUGCGAGCAAGACGCCAGUCUAUUCUACAGAGCCUGGAGAUCCUCCUCUGCUGCAAACGCCGCUGCUCACAUCCAAAUCUGGCAUCCAUCAGAUCAUUGAAUGUUUCCGCACAGGUACUGCACAGCUGAAACACAUUCUCCUCAAGGAGGUGGACACCAUCUUCGAAUGUAAACUCUGCCGCAGUCUCUUCCGUGGCCUUCCCAAUUUAAUCAAACACAAGGAGAUUUACUGUUUCACUCGAUUGCCUGAAAGUGAUGGUGCUUCCGGAGAUGGCAAGAAGAGCAUGAAAGAACUUCUUGAAGCCAUCUAUCCCCGCCCUGAUAAAGAUGAAUACAUACUGAAACUGGAGCCCAUUGCGGGCAACCAGAAUGCUGUGUACCAGUACCUGUCCAAAGACGACGACCUGCCACCUUCAUCUCGGACUACCAACCACGUGACCACAGAGAGCUGGAGACAGCACCGCUCCAACAGCCAGGAACCGGAAGAGGUCCAGAUGGAAGAUGAGGAGAACAACUGUAUGGAUGAGGAAGAUGAGCAAGAGAACAUGGACAAUGGAGAAGACGAUGCAGAAGAAAUCAAGGGGCAUCAGGAUAGUGAAGAACCUGAGGAGCCAACAGAAGAAGCAGGUGACAAAGUUGCCUCUUACAAAUGCCUUCUCUGCAACCGGACGUACAGGGUUCAAGGUCACCUUAGGAGGCAUCUUCUGACUGUUCACAAGAUUGCAUCCUCCGGUUCCACAACCAACUGCACUGACUCCAAGAAAAUGCCCAACGGUAAAGUUCCAGACAAUCCCAACACUAGUCCCAGCUCUUCCUCUAACUCCCAGAGUCCCAAAGAGGACAAGGUCCAAUCCAAGGCUGCAUUCUCCAUCGGCUUUGACUUUAAGGCACGCUUCUGCAAGCUCUGCAGGCGGACCUUCAGCUCCGUGCAGAACUUGGAGAAACACAUUGAGUUGCACACAGACAACGGCACGGACUUCUUUGUCAAGUUUUACUGCUGCCCGCUUUGCCGCUACAAGACGCGGCGCAAGAGAGACGUGCUACGCCAUCUCUCGGAGUUCCACAAGAAAAAGUCCUCCUACCUGAGCAGGAUCUCCCAGUCGCUGGAAAGCUAUGCCAUCAAGAAGCCAGCAGAGGUUGUGUUGAACAAAGAAGAGGCGAAAGAUCAAGGUCGACAAGAAGAAAUGAAAGUCCACCACAACCACACUUCACCAUAUGUGACACGCAGGAACUUGCCUCUAAAGGCUCCUGGCAUAAAGGGCAAAAAGACCUCGAAGACUGGCAGUAAGGAGCGCCACAACGUGGAAGUGACCCAUAACAAAAAAUCAAAGCCUAGUAGCCCAAAAGGGAGUGCUAUCAAGAAAUCUCUGCACGUGUGCAACAUCUGUGGGCAGAGCUUUAAAAAGACAAGGUACUUGGGGUUGCACAAGAGAAGCCACCUGAGAUCUGCAACCAGGAGCGCAGGUGUCCGAACAAGAUCCAGGGUCAUGCUUUGAUAUCUUCUGACAGCAAAAUGGAAAAUUGCAGCAACCUUGGAAAGACACUGGACAGCGAGAGUGACAAAGAACAUCUGAACCGUUAAAAACGUAAAAGAAACAGUGCUAUACUACAACUUUGAACCAUAAGUAGGGCUUUUAGGAGCUUUUCCAUCGUCCAAACAGGAGAAUGUAUGUCAAUGUAACGGUACAGUAUUUUCAGCGGCGCUCUAUUAACCAUUUAUGAGGGCUUCUGACCACUCUCAGAUAUAGGACGAAAUACAUAUGCUUUCCAUUCCCCCGCUGACAUCAAUAAGAUCUGACAUUUCCAUCCAACACCAGCCAGACGAUUGUUCAAGGAUCCCGAUGUAGCAGGUUUAGCCUCAGGUGGAGCUUCAAGGCACACAUGCUCUUUGUGAGAGGGCACUGAACUCCUGCACACAGCAGCUGAACGUCGGCUAUUGACACCCAUCAGGCUCACUGGUAUUCAGUGCAGCCGUAUAGAAUAAGAUCUGGAUGUCUUUUUCUUUUAAUGAGAAAACAGUGGACCGAAGACCACUGGAACAUCAUGAACUCAAAAUCUACUUCAGUUAAAAUAAGGGAAAGGGAUCUUUUAUGUUUGAACAAGCACAUGCUAUGGAGAAGACAGCCAGCUGUCCUUGCAUGAACUGCAGGCAAAUGUUAAAUGCUUUCUAUGAGAACUUUUUAGUUGCCGUUCCGCUGCAGUUCUCCGAUUAAUUUGUCUACUAUCAGUUUUAGAUGCUUCUUACGUUAUAUUUCUCUCCUCAUUUGUCUAUUACCAUUUUACGGAAAGGUUAACAGGUCUUCUCGAGCAUUUACUGUGCAAAUCUGUAGAUCCAGGUUUCUUUUUAGCCGUUUGGAGGCUCGGUAGAAGUUUUAUUUCGAAUAUGAAUGUAUUUACCAACAAUAAACAGAGAAAAUGAC